UCUGCCUUUAAAGCUUCCAGAGCCUUCCGCUGUGACUGCGCGCCUUUGCGGUCCUUAAAGGCACGGCGCAUUAGGAAUACCCGCUGCCCAUUGGCCACACUCAGCGCUCCAGAGUUCAUCUGACCUCCCCGGGCUGAUCGUUUCAGUGCAGACCCUCGAGAGGAAUGCGGGCCGUCACUGGAGCUAUUUUGGCAAUGUGCAGCAGCUAAUGACCGUAAUCACAGGAGGGGGAGAUACGGCGGAGCAGUUGCUUUUGCGUCUUUUCUUUCGUUGUUUUUUUUUUUUUUUUUUUUUUUUCUUACUCUCCACCCCGGGCCAAACGCCGUUCGACAAAUGCCGUUCCCUGGAUCUCGGGGAUUAAAAACGUAAGAUAAAUGGCCCACCGGCUCCGCUUGCACUUCGGCGCGAGGAGGAGCAACACGGACCCUCUUUCGGAUAGCUGCGGCCAUGAGGAGUACAGAGGUCCCGGCCCGUCGCCGCGAGGCUCCGUCCACAUGAAGGUGACUCCGGGGCAGCUGCCUCUGCCUCCCCUGUCGCCGGAGUAUGGCGAUUUACAGCGCUACUCGGCCGUCUUUAUACCCAAGGUUAGCGGCGGCGGCGGGAGCAGAAAGAGCACCUUGCAGAUCUCCCUGCAGCCCUGCAAGGGGAAUGGAGACCUGGAGCCCAGGCCUGAGAAUGGGGGCGAGGGCAGCCCUGGUAGCAGCACCGGGGACCUGGCCCCCGGGGGGGUCGACGGGGGGUCCUGUGGGAGCAGCACCACCAGCGACGGGGGCUACUGCAGCAGCAGCAGCAUCUUUGAGCCCGAGGCCGCUGAGCGAUUGGCGAGGCCCGAGAGGGGCCCCAACCAGUGCAGGACCCCAAUGCCCCUGCGGCGCUGCUCCUCCCUGGUAAUGUUUCCCAGGAGCCCUUGCAACACGCCGCCGGCCUCGCCUGUCAGCCCUGUGGCCACAGCCACUCCCUCCGGAGGGCGGGGCCCGUACCAUACCUCGCACCAGUUCCUGGUGUCUGGCGCCGAGCCUGGCCAGGACGACCACCCCAAAGGGGACCCCAAAGCUGCAGUCAGCGACCUCCAAAUGUCCAAGUGUGGAGGUCCUGCCCCGGAGCCUAAAGACGCGGGGGCCUCGUGCCCGAACCCCGCUCCCUCCUACAGGCAGCAGGACCACUCGGGCUGGCGCUCCAGCGUCAUGCUCCGCUUCACGAGCGGGGACGCCCCCGGCCGAGCUCCUGCGGCCGACCCCGAGCCCACCUGCCACCACGUCAAGCUGUUCCGCAGCACCUCCUGCCUGCCGGCGCUCAAGUCCACCGAGAGGAGCCCGGGAGGGGGCCCCGAGGAGAGCCUCCCCCACCAGCACCAUGCUCUCCAGAGGAGCAUCUCCCUGGAGGUGCCUUACAGACACAUCUCCUGCCGCUUCUCCAACCCCGGCUGGGCGCGCUCCAAGAGCGGGGCCCCGCACGUGCACAUCCAUGUGUCCCGCGGCACAGAAGGUCGGACCGCAGCCUCGUCGAGAGACGGGGCCGCAGCCCGCAAGAGCGCCGCCGUCCACAGCGGCUCGGGAAGAAGGACUCGGGAUGAUUUCCUUGGACAGGUGGAUGUGCCCUUGCACCAGAUACCGACAGAAAAUCCUAACAUUGAACGACCAUAUACAUUUAAGGAUUUUCUACUUCACCCAAGAAGUCACAAGUCCCGGGUGAAAGGCCAUCUGCGACUGAAGAUGACGUACUUACCUAAAAGCUGUGGCUCUGAGGAGGAUGGCGCUGAGCAGGGAGAUGAGGUGGAUCCGGGAUGGGAGUUUCUGGAAAGUCAGGACAUGUCUGGCCCUCGGCACCAUCACCAGCUGCCUGCACUGCCCCCUGGCUGGGAGGAGAGGCAGGACAACCUGGGCAGAACCUAUUACGUCAACCACGAGAGCAGGACCACACAAUGGCACAGACCCACUCUCCAGGACAGUCAGCUGGAGGCGGAGCAGCGACAGACCGUUCAGAGGGAGGCCCAGCACGCCUUCGCCGCCCGGCGACAGAUCUCCGAGCACCACGACGGCCACGCCCCCCGCCGCGAGUCUCCGGAGAGCUGGGAAAUCGUGACGGAGGAGGAGAGCGCGGCGCUGGGAGACCACGGCCACCUCUCCCCCCCUCCGCCGCACUCCCCCCUGGAGUUCCACGCCUUCUGCGAGGACCUGGGGCGCCUGCAGACCUCGGGGGCCGUCGCCAGCGAACGCCGGGCCUCGCUCACGACCCACUGUGCCCGCAGGGGGAGCGCCCACGCACUGUCCCCUGAAGACCUCCGCAUUCAUCCCCCGAGCCCCUGUAAUCGCAGAGGAAGUGCCCACGUUCUGGCCCCUGAGGAACACCCGCUUCACCCUGUGAUCCCCUGCACCCGGAGGGGAAGUGCCCACACACUGUCUGCCGAAGACCCCAAACAUCCUGUGAGCCCCUGUGCCCGUAGGGGAAGUGCCCACACACUGUCUGCCGAGGACCACCCCAUACAUCCUGUGAGCCCCUGUGCCCGGAGGGGAAGUGCCCACACACUGUCUGCUGAGGACCGGCCAUUACAUCCUGUGAGCCCUUCUGCACGUAGGGGAAGUGCCCACACGCUGACUGCAGAGGACCCCAAACGUCCUGUGAGUCCAUGUGCUCGUAGGGGCAGUGCUCACACUCUUACUGCGGAGGACCCCGUCCAUCCUGUGAGUCGCUCCAAUCGUAGAGGAAGCGCACACACCCUGACUGCAGAAGACCGCCCUUUACACGCUGGGAGCCCCAGUGUGCGUAGGGGAAGUGCCCACGCUGUUCCUCCUGAGGACCGGCCCACCAUACACUCUAUGCUUUUGCCGACCUCGGCAGGACUUCCACCCGGCUGGGAGGAAAAGCAGGAUAGUAAGGGGAGAGCGUACUAUGUCAAUCACAACAGCCGCACCACCACGUGGACCCGCCCCCUCACCCAGACCACCACAGAAGCGGCUCAGGCGUCAGUGCCACCGAACCUGAGCGUGUACCAGCCCCCCGUGAUGUCCCCGCAGGCCUCCCCGCCUCACUCCCCCUGCCCCAGGCCCAAGUACGACUUUGGCUUCAUGCCCCCGGGCUGGGAGGUCCGCAGCGCCCCCAACGGGAGACCCUUCUUCAUCGACCACAACACCAAGACCACCACCUGGGAAGACCCGCGGUUGAAAAUCCCUGUGCAUAUGAGAAGACGACCUUCGCUUGAUCCCACUGACCUUGGACCACUCCCACCUGGCUGGGAGGAGAGGAUUCACAGUGAUGGGAGAAUAUUCUAUAUUGAUCACAAUACCAAGACCACACAAUGGGAGGAUCCCAGGUUGCAGAACUCAGCCAUAACCGGGCCUGCCGUGCCUUACUCUAGAGACUACAAGCAGAAGUACGAGUACUUCCGGAAGAAGUUGAGGAAACCGGCCGACAUACCGAACCGCUUCGAGAUGAAGCUGAGGCGCACGGCAGUCCUGGAGGACUCGUACAGGCGCAUCCUGUCCGUCAAGCGGGCGGACUUCCUCAAGGCGCGGCUGUGGAUCGAGUUCGAGGGCGAGAAGGGGCUGGACUACGGCGGGGUGGCCCGGGAGUGGUUCUUCCUCAUCUCCAAGGAGAUGUUCAACCCUUAUUAUGGGCUGUUCGAGUACUCUGCCACGGAUAACUACACUCUCCAGAUCAACCCCAACUCGGGACUGUGCAAUGAGGACCACCUCUCCUACUUCAAGUUCAUCGGUCGAGUGGCGGGCAUGGCCGUGUACCAUGGCAAGCUGCUGGACGCCUUCUUCAUCCGCCCGUUCUACAAGAUGAUGCUGCAGAAGCCUAUCACUUUGCAGGACAUGGAGUCUGUGGACAGCGAGUACUUCAACUCCCUGAAGUGGAUCCUGGAGAAUGACCCCACAGACCUGGACCUGAGGUUCACCAUCGAUGAGGAGCUCUUUGGACAGACUCACCAGCACGAGCUGAAGCCAGGAGGACCUGACAUUGUGGUGAACGAUGACAACAAGAAGGAGUACAUCCACCUCGUCAUGCAAUGGAGGUUUGUGAACAGGAUACUCAAGCAGAUGACUUCUUUUAAGGAGGGCUUCUAUGAGCUGAUACCUCAGGAUCUGAUCAAGAUUUUUGAUGAGAAUGAGCUGGAGCUGCUCAUGUGUGGCCUGGGGGACGUGGACGUCAACGACUGGAGGGAGAACACCAAGUACAAGAACGGCUACUGCGCCAACCAGCCCGUCAUCCAGUGGUUCUGGAAGACGGUGCUGCUGAUGGACGCUGAAAAGCGUAUCCGCCUGCUGCAGUUUGUGACGGGGACGUCCCGCGUGCCCAUGAACGGGUUCGCAGAGCUGUAUGGUUCUAACGGUCCACAGCUGUUCACCAUAGAGCAAUGGGGCACACCAGAUAAACUUCCCAGAGCCCACACGUGCUUCAACCGCCUGGACCUGCCGCCAUACGAGUCGUUCGAGGAGCUGAGGGAGAAGCUUCACAUCGCCAUCGAGAACGCGCAGGGCUUUGACGGCGUGGAUUAGGGCCGAAGGCGUCCAUAAGCAAGCACAGUGACCGCGGAAACCGCGGAAAUACGAGCAAGGGCGACCAUAACUGUCGAGUUGUUGCGCCAGGACCGUGUAACAACGGGGCUUUCGUGGACUGGAGAAAGCGGUCAUUUUUCCAGAACCUUCCUCGACGAGGAGGAAGGUUGGCAGUACGUCUGGGUGUCUCUGUGCUCUUGCUUUUUUCUCCUGUGGAUUGUAGUGAAGCAACAAGACGCCACUAUCAUCACUAGCAUCGAUUUCACCGACCAUCUCUGACGUUUACAGAAACACUGCACACGCGUACAUCACCCUGUGUGUACACGUACAUGCAUGUGUAUGCUUAUGCCUGUAUGUAUACAUAUAUGUUUAUAUAUUUAUAUAUCUGUUUAUAAACACAGAUAAAGCGUAGUUUAUUAUAUACCUGCAGAUCUUAGAAUGCAUCCUCUGCUGUGAUAUGGGUGUAUCAGUUGUACAGUAUGAGUAUUUAAAACGGACUCAGCUGGAGAAGGUCUAUGCCACGAGGAGAUCCAUCCCUGAAUUGGAGUGAAUCGGAGUGAGUCGUCGAAAUUGUAUUCAGCUCUUCUGAUGAUGCAGUUGGGCUACUUGAAGGACUACCCAAUCAAAAACUUUUGAAAAUGCACUUCUUUCCAGGCUUAGCUGCUCUUUUUGUUGUCGUCAUUGUCGUUGUUGCAUUGAUCAAAAAUCAAUGUUUCUUGCUUUUUAUGAUUCUUUGAAUCCCUUUGUUUUCACAAACAUCGAGCUCGAAUCCAUUUUCUUAUGCGCUAUGCUUUGUAAAUAGCAUAGCGGGUUUAUUUUGAAUAACCAAAAAAAUGACUGCUGAUGCUCCAAAAGAGAACUAAUCAAAGCUGCUUCUACGUUCGCCUCAUACAUUCGCUGUCAAUGUUCACUUUGGCGAAUACAAUUAUCCCUCGUAUUUUUUUUUUUUUUAACCUGACUAUGAAAUGUGUCUGAUUGAAGUUCAGGUUUUUAAUGCAUGACUACCACUGUCACAGAUGUUUACAGAUGACAACAGAAAGUCUCAACUUUUUCUUUCAUUCUUAAGAAUCUUUUCUUUUUAUACAAUCUUUUUUUUGCCUUUAAAAAAUAAGCACUUUUGUUUCAUGAAAUUGGAAAGUCUUAUGACAUUUUUUUGUCAUCCUUUUAGCUCUAAGAUUGCUUUGGUUAAGUAUUGUUUUAUUUAAAAGAAUCAUCUGCUUUUAAAGUGUAUAUUUGACUUAAGUAAAUGUUUACAUUUAAACAUUGCUAAAUAUGAAUACUCCCUUUUUAAUCAGUAAUUUGCCAGACUGUUAAAUUAUGCCUUUAUUUGUAUUAUAUAUAUAUUGCUAUAAUAUACAAAAAUAUCAUUAACAGAUUUAUCAUGUGUUGGAAAAAAAAAUGUAUCCAAAGGGAAAUGGAUAAAUAAUGUAAAAAAAACCCCAAAAAACUUUAAAUCAGAGGUCAUUUAAAGAAGAUUGAUUAAAAAUGUAUAUAUCACAAACACAGUUCACAUCAUUCUGACAAACGGAUGUACGAAGUGCUUUUUAUAUUAAUGGACUAAAUUAUGGAAUUAUAUUUCCUUACCUUGAUAAAAACAAAAGUUUUUGACCUUUUAAAAUGAAUUGCAUGCCGAAGUAAAUGGUGGCAUAUUUUGCGAAAUGAAUAAAGAAACUUGACUUCCCCCUG